AUGUCUUCUGGAUCCAUCCAACACUGGUGCUGGUGCGGACGCCUUUGCACUUCUUGGUGCUCUCGCUGCGAGCGACAAUGGUAUUGUUCAGCGGAGCAUCUCGAAGCUGACUGGCCAAGGCACAGAGCAGAGUGCGGAGCACUUUCUCAAUCGAAUUCAUCUGCUCAAGUCACUGUUCAAGCAAUGAUGUUUCCUGUUGACGGGGAGCGCCCUAAGCUCGUACCUAUAACCCUGCUAGAAUGGACUCCACGCCUUCAAAAUAUUGUAGGCCACGAAAGCGAGGUAUCGAGCAUGAUCAUCACCAAGGGAGUUGGAGGAGAAACCCUCCGCUUCCCUCUGCAUAUUUUCUUCCGUACCCACUUCUUGACUGACGGCUCCCGAACUAAUGCAUCUGUCUAUGGUUUGACACACGGACAGGCCAACUACCAAUGGAAAGGGCCUGUCGUUGCAUUGAAAUUCACUGGAACGCGUCAAUCCGCGUACACCAAUAUUUCUAUGUCUGACCUCCCGCCACUCGUUUAUUUCAUGACCUAUCUCAACAGUCGCCCAUAA